GGCUGCCAGGGACCGAAAGGCUGUCCGCGUGUUACGCAGGGAACACUACUCGUGGUAUUAUCAUCCUCAUCUGCUGCUUAGCGCUACCCUCUGCCUUUCAGACGGCAACUCUCAUCCCCUUUCUCUUCUCUUGUUAACCUUCAUAACCCCCCCACCUUCCAUUCUCUCCGCCACCCAGAUCCGAGAACUCAAAAACAUUUUUCGAACACAACCCUUCAACAAGUACCGACAUGCUUAGAUCGACCUUACGAUCAUCAUGUCGCUAUAGCGGCCCCUCGCUUGCCCUCGGCCCGUCGAGGACCCUUACGACAGCUUCCCUGGCCGAACGGUUUGCCCCCCGAAUCACAGCUACUCGCAGGCCGGGCAGCUUGACUACGCACAAGAAAUGUCUGGAUCUAGUUUCGAGGAAUAGCUCUACCGAUGCUUCAACUAGAGGAGUGGAUCCAAGUGACUCUUUCCUGCAGGGAAAUACUGCCAAUUACAUUGACGAAAUGUACCUUUCAUGGAAAAAGGACCCGUCGAGCGUUCACAUUUCUUGGCAGGUAUAUUUCAGAAAUAUGGAGGGGAAUGGCCUUCCUUCACAAGCCUUUCAGGCACCCCCGACGCUUGUUCCUACCCCCACCGGUGGUGUUCCCUCACUCGUACCUGGUGCACACCUCGGUGGAAAUACCGAUGUCACCAAGCAUUUAAAGGUGCAACUUCUCGUACGUGCCUAUCAAGUUCGCGGUCACCAUAAAGCGAAUAUAGACCCCCUCGGUAUCCGUUCAAAUGCAGAUCUCGGCGGAACGUCACAACCUAGAGAGCUUGACCUUGACCACUACCAAUUCACUGAGAAGGACCUUGAUGAUGAGUACACCCUUGGUCCUGGUAUCCUUCCGAGGUUUGCUGUAGACGGGAAGGAGAAGAUGACAUUGAGGGAGAUCAUUGCUGCUUGUGAAAAGACCUACUGUGGCUCUUAUGGCAUUGAGUAUGUUCACAUUGCGGACCGUGACCAGUGCGACUGGAUCCGUGAGCGUGUCGAAAUCCCUACUCCCUGGGAAUAUGACAACCACGAGAAACGCCGUAUUCUGGACCGUCUGAUCUGGUCUAGCUCUUUUGAGAACUUCUUGUCGAGCAAAUACCCAAACGACAAGAGAUUUGGACUUGAAGGAUGUGAGGCUCUGGUGCCGGGCAUGAAAGCCCUUAUUGAUAGGUCUGUUGAUCGCGGGGUCAAGGACAUCGUUAUCGGAAUGCCCCAUCGCGGUCGCUUGAAUGUCCUCUCUAAUGUCGUACGAAAACCGAACGAGAGUAUUUUUAGUGAGUUUGGAGGCACUGCCGAGCCAAGCGAUGAGGGCUCUGGGGACGUGAAGUACCAUUUGGGAAUGAAUUUCGAGCGUCCCACACCUUCUGGGAAACGGGUACAGUUAUCUCUAGUCGCUAACCCUUCACACUUGGAAGCGGAGGACCCUGUUGUCCUUGGUAAAGCUCGUGCGAUUCAGCAUUUCAAUAACGACGAAAAGAGUCAUAAUAGUGCUAUGGGUGUGUUGGUGCACGGAGAUGCGGCUUUUGCUGCGCAAGGUGUUGUAUACGAGACAAUGGGCUUUCAUGCCCUCCCCGCUUAUUCCACCGGUGGAACCAUCCACCUGAUUGUCAAUAACCAGAUUGGUUUCACCACCGAUCCUCGUUUUGCUAGGUCUACGCCGUACUGUUCGGAUAUCGCAAAGUCAAUUGAUGCGCCAAUUUUCCACGUAAAUGCCGAUGAUGUCGAGGCUGUCAACUUUGUUUGUGAACUUGCCUCCGAUUGGAGGGCUGAAUUCAAGCGCGAUGUAGUUAUCGACCUGGUUUGUUACAGGAAAUACGGCCACAAUGAGACGGAUCAACCCAGUUUUACUCAACCUCUCAUGUAUAGAAAGAUUGCUGAGAAGCAACCGGCUUUGGACCGCUACAUUUCUCGACUUAAAGCGGAGGGCACUUUUACCGAAAGCGAUAUCCAAGAACACAAGGAUUGGGUAUGGUCUAUGCUCGAAGAUAGUUUCGCCAAGUCUAAAGACUAUCAACCGACUGCUAGGGAAUGGCUGGCUUCCGCUUGGAACGGUUUUAAGACACCAAAGGAGUUGUCGACAGAGAUUUUGCCUCAUCUCCCUACAGCUCUUGAGGAGAGUCAACUAAAGCACAUUGGCAACGUUAUCGGCUCCGUCCCAGAGGGGUUUAACGUCCACAAAAACCUAAGCCGUAUCCUUUCCAACCGCCAGAAGGUUGUUAACGAAGGCAGUGGGAUCGACUGGUCCACAGCGGAGGCCCUUGCCUUUGGUAGUUUGUUAAUGGAAGGGCAACAUGUUCGCGUCAGUGGACAGGAUGUUGAGCGUGGGACUUUCUCCCAGAGACAUGCCGUUCUGCACGAUCAGGAGAACGAGAACACCUAUACCCCCCUUCAGCAUUUAAGUGACACGCAGGCAAAAUUUGUCAUUUCAAACUCCUCUCUGAGUGAAUUCGGAGUUCUCGGGUUCGAAUAUGGUUAUUCUUUGUCAUCACCGGAUGCCCUUGUUAUCUGGGAAGCUCAGUUCGGUGACUUCGCGAACAACGCGCAAUGUAUCAUUGAUCAGUUUAUCGCUUCCGGAGAGUCAAAAUGGCUUCAACGCACCGGCAUUGUGAUGUCUCUCCCUCACGGCUACGAUGGGCAAGGCCCUGAACAUUCCUCCGGGAGAAUGGAGAGAUACCUGCAGCUGUGCAACGAAGAUCCUAGGGAAUUCCCGGACCCCGAAAAAUUGGACCGUCAACACCAAGAUUGCAAUAUGCAAGUUACCUACAUGACCAGCCCUUCUAAUUUGUUUCAUGUUUUGAGAAGGCAGAUGAAGCGUCAAUUCCGAAAGCCGCUCAUAAUAUUCUUUAGUAAAUCGCUCCUGAGACAUCCUAUUGCUCGUUCCGAACUAUCCGAGUUUACGGGCGAUUCUCACUUCCGAUGGCUUAUCCCAGAGACCGACCAUGGCAAGGGCAUCAAGGAUCCCGAGGAGUGCAAACGUCUGCUCUUCUGUUCCGGGCAGGUUUAUGCUGCCCUUAUGAAACAACGUGCCGCUAGCGGAAUUGACGAUGUUGCUAUCGCUCGUAUCGAGCAGCUUCACCCCUUCCCUUGGGCCCAGAUUCGCAACGAGCUUGAGAAAUACCCCAAUCUUGACGAGAUUAUUUGGACACAGGAAGAGCCUCUCAACGCAGGUGCCUGGACCUUUGUGCAGCCGAGAUUGGAGACUAUCCUCCGCCAAACUGAUAACCACAGCGCAAAGCAUGUCAAGUACGCUGGUAGAGCUCCAAGUGCCAGUGUUGCUACUGGGAUGAAGUCGACCCAUUUGAAGGAAGAACAGGCAUUGGUCAACGACGCUUUGGGCAUUAGCCCCAACUAAAACCAGUCUCACUUUUCCUAUCGCUUUACAGAAUUCGCUUAAACGUUUACCUAGAAACGGGACUAUCCACUAGAUAAAUAUAUAAACAAAUAAAGGGGCUGAAGACUCAGCGGGAAGUGCAGGCUGUGGACUAAUGGCGGGCUGUGUUUUGCAAUUCUUUUAUUUCCUUUCUUUCGUCCUUUUCUUGAUCGGUCACUCGGGAUUUCUUCGAGUUUUUUUCAUCGAGCCCGGGGUGUCGCCGCGUUGCUCGAACAGUAAAAGUCUUACUAUUAUUUUUCCUUGCAUUUUUUUCCUUUCCGCUCUAUUACCAUCAUUGCGCCAUUUCUCUUAUCUCUUUUCUCCGGCCGUCAUUGUAUUACUGGUGUUGUGAACUUGUUUCGUUUUAUCACUUCUCUUCUCAUUAACUUGAUUUCAACUUUAUCUGCCCAGAUGCUAUAUUCCUGUUCCACCCACUACAUGAGAGGAAAGCAGACAAGAGAGUUAGUAGUUUAGCACACUACGAUGCGCUACGCUGCAAUUUUUAUUAUUAUAUCGUGGCUUAGCAUACAUUAUAUUAUGUACUUUAUUAGUAGUUUUGGAGGUGAUGGCUAGGGAAUUACCCGAUAUACGGUAUUGUUUGAGUAUUUUGUUUGGUUGCUGUAAUGGGAUGGUCUUGGAGGGGGGCAGAAAUUGAUUUUGGGAGAAUUUUAUGUAGGCGGGA